AUGUUUGGCCUGUUCGGCAUCUGGAGGACCUUUACCACCGUCGUCUUCUACCUGACUCUCGUCAUCGCCCUGGCGGGGCUGGUGGGCAACGGGAUCGUGCUCUGGAACCUGCUCCUCCACGUCAAGAAGGGCCCCCUCUCCCUCUACCUGCUCCACCUGGCCAUCGCGGACCUCCUGUUCCUGGCCUGCCAGGUGGCCUUCUCCAUCGUCCAGGCUGCCUUGGGCUCUGAGGACACGCUCUACUUCGCAGUUGCCUUCGUGGGGUUCUCGGCGGGGCUGUGGCUACUGGCAGCCUUCAGUGCCGAGCGCUGCCUCUCCGAACUCUUCCCCAACUGCUGCCAGGGCUGCCGCCUGACGCUGACCUGCCUGCACUACCACGCAGCCAGCAUCACGUGGCUCCUGGCUCUGGUCUGUGUGACCUGUGCGGCUGGCCUGGUCCUUUGGGUGUCCUGCUGCUCCCAGCGCCAGCGCCCCAAGUUCUAUGGCAUCACCCUGGGCUCCGCUCCCCUGCUCUUAUUCUGCGGCCUGCCCUUAGUCCUCUACUGGAGACAGAGUGUCUGUGGGCCCAUCACUGGACACUGUCAGGAGGCCAUCUGGGGUGAGGGCAACCUGAGCAGGAGCAUGGUCCAGGAGCCCGGGUAG